CAUUUCCCAGCGUGCUCUGCGGCCUCUCCGCCCUUCCUGGCGCGGCGCGCCGCCGAAGGGCGCGCUGGGAAAUGCAGUCCGCUGGGAGCGGGCGCUCGGCCUGCCCGCGGUGCAGCCCGGGCCCCGUCAGCCUCAGCGGCCGGAACGGAACCCGAGGCCGCCGAGGAACGGUGCGAAGAACCGGGGGGCCGCUCAGGCCGAGUGCUGGCAGCGAGGCCCGGCUCGGAAGAGGCUCCUGAGGGGGCGGCAGCGCGUAGGCCGCGCUCGGGGCCUGCUCCUGACGAGGUCGGCAGCGCGUAGGCCGCACUUGCGGCCUACUCUGGGCCUACGGCUGGGCCCGGCGCGCGGUCGCUGUGAACCCGGGCCGAACUCGGCCCGCAGUUGCUGAGUCCCGGAGCCGCUCCCGGCAGCACACCGGGCCCACAGCAUCCUCCGGGCCGGAGGGAUUGGAGCAGAGCCGGGCAGGCCCAGCUGGGCGCGGGUUGUGCUCCGUCAGCCGCCCCCCGGGGCUCCGUGAAGGCCUCGGCGCUGAGCUCGCAGGCCUCGGGGCGCCCCUUUUGCCGGCGUUGAGCAACGGCUGUUGCUCCAUGGGUUCUCCUGGCCCGGGCUUUAGGGCUGCAGGUGAUGAAUUGCUGUGUUGUUGAUUGCUUCAGCUGCUCAGCCCUUGGCUCUGCCCGCGUUUACGCACCUCCCAUCUGGGCCAGGGCGUCCCCUGGCACCCAAAACUCUCUCUCUCUGCUUUCUGUUAAGCCCGGGGUUAUAAUUAGCCCCGUUUAUAAUUAGCCCAGCACCGGGUCGGGAUGUUCUCUGCCUGCUGCCCCGUAGGCUGCUGUCUGGCAGCGCUCCUGUGGCUGUAAAUAAAAGCACGACCGCGUCUGUCUUCUAUUUGUAGGAGGGAGACAGGGGUUCUUUGGAUAUGUGUAGAGCUGAUGGACACACCGCCUUGCUGCCGCUGCUGCACAGGGAAUCGCUUUGAGCCGAGCACGGAGACAAUGAAGCUGUUGGAAAACUCAAGUUUCGAAGCAAUAAACUCCCAACUGACAGUGGAGACGGGGGAUGCCCACAUCAUUGGGAGGAUUGAGAGCUACUCCUGCAAGAUGGCCGGCGACGACAAGCACAUGUUCAAGCAGUUCUGCCAGGAGGGCCAACCCCACGUCCUGGAGGCCCUGUCACCCCCUCAGACCACGGGGAUCAGCCCCAGCAGGCUCAGCAAGAGUCAGAGUGGUGACGAGGAGGGGCCACUGAGCGACAAGUGCAGCCGCAAGACGCUCUUCUACCUGAUAGCGACGCUCAAUGAGUCCUUCCGGCCCGACUACGACUUCAGCGCUGCCAAGAGCCACGAGUUCAGCCGGGAGCCCAGCCUCAACUGGGUGAUCAAUGCAGUCAACUGCAGCCUCUUCUCUGCGGUCCGCGAGGAUUUCAAUGCCCUGAAGCCACACCUGUGGGACGCUGUGGACGAGGAGAUCUGCCUUUCUGAGUGCGACAUCUACAGCUACAACCCAGACCUGGAUUCAGACCCCUUUGGAGAGGACGGCAGCCUCUGGUCCUUCAACUACUUCUUCUACAACAAGAGGCUGAAGAGGAUCGUCUUCUUCACCUGCCGCUCCAUCAGCGGCUACGCGUACACCCGGCCGGAGGCAAACAACGAGCUGGACAUGGACCUCGGGGAGGAGGACACAGAGGAGAGCAGAGACCCCCACGACCCCGAGAGCGGCAGCAUCGAGGAGGACAGGUUGCAGGUGAUCUGCAUGUGAUCCCGGAGCUGCUCCUGCUGGAUGUACACACGUAAACACACACACACACACACACACACACACACACACACUGGAGUGCCCCCAGCACCUCGGAGCGCAGCGAACUGAGAAUGGCCGCCAUUGCCCCCCCACAUCCCCUCUCCAUCCCCACUGAUGGAUCCCCGCUCCACCCCCACUGGGGGGCUGUGAUGGAUCCCCUUUCCAUCCCCUUUUGGGGGGGGGGGGCUGUGAUGGGUCCCCUUUCCAUCCCCUUUUGGGGGGGGGGGCUGUGAUGGGUCCCCUUUCCAUCCCCUUUUGGGGGGGGGGGGCUGUGAUGGAUCCCUUCUCCACCCCCACUGAUGGGGCUGUGAUGGAUCCCUUCUCCAUCCCCACUGAUGGAUCCCCCCUCCAUCCCUUUUGGGGGGUUGUGAUGGAUCCCCUCUCCAUCCCCACUGUUGGAUCCCCUCUCCACCCCCUUUGGGGGGCUGUGAUGGAUCCCCUCUCCACCCCAUUGUGGGGGCUGUGAUGGAUCCCCUCUCCCACCCCCUUUUGGGGGGCUGUGAUGGAUCCCCUCUCCACCCCAUUGAUGGGGCCGUGAUGGAUCCCCUCUCCACCCCAUUGGUGGGGCUGUGAUGGAUCCCCUUUCCACCCCAUUGUGGGGGCUGUGAUGGAUCCCCUCUCCACCCCAUUGGUGAGGCCGUGAUGGAUCCCCUCUCCACCCCCUUUGGUGAGGCCGUGAUGGAUCCCCUCUCCACCCCAUUGAUGGGGUUGUAAUGGAUCCCCUCUCCACCCCACUGGGGGGGCCGUGAUGGAUCCCCUCUCCACCCCAUUGGGGGGGCAGUGAUGGAUCCCUUCUCCAUCCCCAUUGGUGAGGCCAUGAUGGAUCCCCUCUCCACCCCAUUGGUGGGGUUGUGAUGGAUCUCCUCUCCACCCCGUUUGGGGGGGCUGUGAUGGAUCCCCUCUCCACCCCACUGGGGGGGCUGUGAUGGAUCCCCUCUCCACCCCUUUGGGGGGGCCGUGAUGGAUCCCCUCUCCACCCCCUUUGGUGAGGCCGUGAUGGAUCCCCUCUCCACCCCAUUGAUGGGGUUGUAAUGGAUCCCCUCUCCACCCCACUGGGGGGGCCGUGAUGGAUCCCCUCUCCACCCCAUUGGGGGGGCAGUGAUGGAUCCCUUCUCCAUCCCCAUUGGUGAGGCCGUGAUGGAUCCCCUCUCCACCCCAUUGGGGGGGCUGUGAUGGAUCCCCUCUCCACCCCAUUGGUGAGGCCGUGAUGGAUCCCCUCUCCACCCCAUUGAUGGGGCUGUGAUGGAUCCCCUCUGCACCCCCAUUGGUGAGGCCGUGAUGGAUCCCCUCUCCACCCCAUUGGUGAGGCUGUGAUGGAUCCCCUCUCCACCCCCUUUGGGGGGGCUGUGAUGGAUCCCCUCUCCACCCCAUUGGUGAGGCCGUGAUGGAUCCCCUCUCCACCCCAUUGGUGAGGCCGUGAUGGAUCCCCUCUCCACCCCAUUGAUGGGGUUGUGAUGGAUCCCCUCUCCACCCCAUUGAUGGGGCUGUGAUGGAUCCCCUCUCCACCCCCAUUGGUGAGGCCGUGAUGGAUCCCCUCUCCACCCCAUUGGGGGGGCAGUGAUGGAUCCCUUCUCCAUCCCCAUUGGUGAGGCCAUGAUGGAUCCCCUCUCCACCCCAUUGGUGAGGCCGUGAUGGAUCCCCUCUCCACCCCAUUGGGGGGGCUGUGAUGGAUCCCCUCUCCCACCCCGUUUGGGGGGGCUGUGAUGGACGGCCGUGCCAUGCCGAGCUCCGAGAAGCUUUGCUGCACUUUAUUGCUGAUCUCAUUGGCUGCACUGACCUGCAAACUCCUCGUGGCUCCAGGCUGGGCUGGACUUCCCUCAAGCACUUUUCCUCCAUCCAUCCAUCCAUGCAUCCAUCCAUCCGUCCAUCUGUCCGUCCGUCCAUCCCCAGCAGCAGCAGUGGGGCUGGGGGCUGCCCGACCCCCUCCCCACCCCCACCCCCCCCAAGAACUCCGUGCUGUGUUCCUUUCCCAAGGAAGAGUCCAUUCGUUUCAAAGAGGUUUGCUUUGCUCUUUACCCUCCCGUCGCCGUUCUCUCCUCCCUUUUGGGUUCAUCUGCUGGUUUUUCAGUCCUCGCCAGGAGGGUUUUGGGGGUCUUUUGGGGGGGGGGGUGGGGGGUGGGGGGGGGGUUUGCUGUUUGCUUUCUGAACCACACAUUGACUUUGGGCAGCGGCAGAGCGGGGCUGGAGGUGGGGAAGGGGGGGGGGGGCCCCUUGGGGUGUUGAUUUUUGUACUCGGAGGGGGGGGCACAGAGUGGGAGCAUCUCUCCCCACAUUCUCCCUCUGCCCCACAGCUCCCGUUCAGGGCAGGGGCUCAGCUGAGCACGCACAACCCCGAGCUGCCCCAAAGCCGGGAGCCCACCCAGGACCCCGCUCUAUUAUGGGGGCACAGUCCCACCCCCCCACCCCGUCUCUGACUAUGGGGGGUCUGCCCCCCAAAUCCGAGCAGGGGGGAAGCAGGGCCAGAGCCCCCCCCCCCCGCCCCCCCGCCCUCCCGUGCUGUGCUGAUACGGGGCCGUCCUGCAGAGGGCUCUCAGCCCCACUGCUGCCCCAUGGGAGGAUUUGCCUUCGUCUUCUGCCCCUCUCACUGCCCGACCUCCCCCCAUCGAUCGGGCUGGGAAAGAAGGACGAGUGGGGAGGGGGGAGCUGAGGGUGGGGGGCACAGUGAUCCCCUCCCCCCCCCCCACCCCCCCGCUGUGGGUUCAGGACCUGAUCCCGUCCCACCGCCGUGGCCGCCUGCCCCGUCUCGCCCGUCAGGGACGUGUGACUUCACAGCAUAGCAAUGUAUCCUUACGCCAAUAAAGGGUUUCUGUGAUUCA